AGUAUGCAUGAAGAAUGUUGUGACUUUCCUGACUACGAAGAGUAUAUUAGUCCGUUCGCAUUUACUCCUCAAAUCUUAUCAAGAUUGAUAAACUCUAAGGAUGUAAAUUUAUUGAAAAAUAUUGAUGGUGUAGAGGGCUUAUUGACUUGUUUACGCACGAACUCAAAAACUGGUUUGAGUAGUAAUGAAACCACUUUAAGUCCAUUCACUUCGGGUGAUAUUGCUAAUAUCGAAGUUUUAGAAGGGCACGAUAAAAACUCAAAGUUGCAAUCAACUGAUAUUUCAAAAAAUACUACAAUAGAUGAAUUCAAUCCAAAAUAUGAAUUGGACAAAUUAGAACAGGCAGAGGCGUAUUGUGGUCGCGCAAUUUUAAAUAGGAUGUUUGAAAAAUACGAUGAAGCAGAAACAGAUCUGAGGAAGGCAAAUAAUCUGCAUCCAAAAUAA